AUGAAGUUGUCAGUGUCAUCGACAGCCAUAUGGAAGCAAAUACCAAGUGACAUAGAUGUUAUCAUUGGUGAAUCAGCUGAACUAAAAUGUGCACUUGAUAAUCUCAGUCCAGCACUAUUACCUACAUGGUAUGAUGCAUCAACAAACCCAGCCACAGCAGUUUCUGAAGGUGAAAUAGUGUUCCCAACUUGUCCUACAUGCAGUAUUACCGGCACUCACUCAAAUGGAGAAUAUCAUCUGACGAUAAAUCCUGUUAGUUUAAAUGAUGAGGGGACUUGGCGAUGUACUGUACUUGAUGCAAGCCCACAAUCACAAGAUGCACAACUAACUGUACUCGUUCCAGCUUCAAUCAUCACCUCCCCAUCAGACCAGACAGUAACUGAAGGUACGAAUACAGUACCAUUACAGUGUGCAGCUACUGGUAAACCUAAUGCUAUUACAUACACAUGGAAGAAAGGCAGUUCUGAUAUCAGCAGAGGUGGUAGAUACAGUCUAAAUGGUGGAUCAUUGACUAUUAGUAAUAUUGUAAGAGAAGAUGAUGGUAUAUAUAUAUGUUAUGCUAGUAAUGGUGUAGGACAACACGCUAUAAGUGAUUCCGCUACUGUGACAGUGAAUUAUCCACCAACUAUCACCACUUCCCCAUCAGAUCAGGCAGCAACAGAAUACACAGAUCAAGUAACAUUACAGUGUACAGCCACAACUGGUAAACCUACUACUAUUACGUACACGUGGAAGAAAGGCAGUGCUUAUAUCAUCAUAGGUGGUAGAUACAGUCUGAAUAGCGGAUCACUGACUAUUAGUAACAUUGUAAAAGAAGAUGAUGGUAUAUAUACAUGUUAUGCUAGUAAUGGUAUAGGACAACCAGAUAUUGCAUCAGCUACAGUUACUGUAUAUUAUCCACCAACUAUCACCACUUUACCAUCCGAUGAGACAGUGACUGAAGGCAGCAUCUCAUUGACAUUACAAUGUACAGCCACUGAUGAUGUACCUGUGACAAAUGGUAUUACAGACUUCUAUAGUGGAAUCGGUGAUUCGAUAUCCAUGAACGUAUCUGUCAAGGCCAACCCAUUACUUGUUACGUUUGGCGAUUGGAAAAAUUACGACGUAGUUUUAACUGACAAAGUAGAUACAUUGUCUACGAGUACUGUAUUUAUCAACGAAGUCAGGGAACUCCAUUUCGGCGUAUAUAAUAUCACCGCACAUAAUGACAUUGGAAGUGUUGUACUUCAGGUCAAUUUACAUCAUGCAGGCGUACCCGACUCACCUACAUCCAUGAAUAUAAUUCAUCGUUCUUAUAAUAGUUUAUCAAUAUUACUCUCGCCUGGAUAUGAUGGAGGAGAUGGUAGAGACAUAGUACAUUACAUUGAAUAUCGUUCGGCAUUAGAAGCGUCAUUCCAGUCCUUGCCAUCUGACGGAAUGGGAACAAGAAAUACCACUAUAUUGAUUAUGCAGUUACAGCCGUCAACUACUUAUGAAAUAAAAGCAAAGACAUGUAUGGAAUCGGACAGUUUUCUACUACAUAUGUGUUUUUUACUUAUC